CCUUUGCUACGCAAACAUUUGGUCCAUUGCGAGCCGGAUAAGUGCAACAAGAAAUAAUAAGGAAUUCUGCUCUUUUUCUCCAAAAGGUUUGACUACGUCAACUGGCAGAACAAAACAACAACAUUUCCUCAUCACAAACAUCAACAAAAAUAACAAGCAGCAUGGAAAAUCAAAACAAGAUGGUCGCUACUCUUCCUGACUAUGAGGAAGAUGUCCCCAUGUCAGAUGAGGAAAGAGAUGUCGAUGAUAUGGUUUUGGUUCCCCUCACGGAUAUAGAACUUGCUCCCGAUUGCACUGGUACCAUAGUUGAAGCUGCCCCUACUCUCAGUGAGCCUGCACUCGCACUUUGUGCUGCUGUAAUUCAGCCUGAGGCAGCAAUGCAGCCUACGGCCGGGAUGUCGUCUGCGCCCACCACUCCUCGACGAGGAAUACCAUUAGGUGGUUCAGAUAGACGCUCUGACGGCAAAGAUCCAGUGGCGACGCCGAAAUCAACUGCGGGCUCAACGGGUUCCAGUAAGCGCAGCUGUAGUUGGUGUCACCAAAAACACCAUCUUCGGCAAUGCGGGCGUUUUAAGAGGCUCAGCUUGGAUAAGAAGAUCCGAACCGUGGUCAAGCACUUGUGCUGUUCCAAUUGUUUGGACUCGGACCACUUACUUCGUGAUUGCCGCAAAGAUCCAGGCUGCAAGCAAUGCAAGGGCAAGCAUCACAACCUGCUCCAUCCUUCUGCCCAAUUUUCCCAACAAAAUAAUAAAAACAAUUAUAAUAAAGAUAAUAAUAAUAAUGAAAAUAAAAAUGCAAAUAAUAAAAAUAACAAUAAUAAUAUUAAUAAAAAUAAUAUUAAUAAUAAUGGUCCGUCUACGUCUUCACGUAGCAACAAACGUCCGUCCGUACAAAGUACUCCGUCCGCUUUCUCGUCGCAUGUAACUACGUUACAUAGCAUGGCAAUCCAACCUAUUAUCACAAUAGGGCCAACUAUCGUCGCUCAAUUGGUCUCCCCCACAAAAAUAAUUCCCGUCCGAGCAAUGCUGGACCCAUGUGCAGAUAGUAGUCAAAUCUGCAAUACGCUGGUCAAGUCAUUGCGACUGCACUCCAUCCCAGUCGGGUCCGACCGGUUUGCCCAGUUCACACUGGUCUCGACCUUCGACUCCGCCCAACGAUUGUCGGUAUCCGCUCGGGUUACAAAUUUAACCCGUCGUUUGUCCCCAAGUCAAUCUGCCUCGGAAUCUAUAAAGGAGCACUACCAAGGUAUGAUGCUAGCGGAUCCGCAAUUCUUUAAAGCGUCCCGAGUCGCCGUGGUGUUGGGUGCCGAAGUGUACCCUAAAGUGAUGAAGACACAGGUAUACUCGAGCCCUGGAUUCCCAUGGGCCCAACUUACCAUCUUUGGAUGGGUUUUGUCGGGUCCAUGCCCAAUGUGAUUUCUUGCUGGGACACUUUCGCCAGAAGAGCUCGCCCGUGCCAAUCGAUCAUUUUUAUUGCGCGGCAAUGUGCCGCUUGCUCUGCGAGCGCAAUAUUACCAACACAAGGAAAAAAUGAAUAAUAAAAUUGAAAUCUGAAUUUUAAAUAAGAAAAAAUGUAAAAUGAAUUUAUAAUUUAUGUACUUAAUUUAAAUUGCAACAUAGCAAGAUGUUGCAAGGCUGGCGGCAAUGUUUACACUAGAAUAUAUUCAUUUAAAUGUCUACUCCGUUUUCAAAUUUGUAACGGACUUUCGUGUACGACUGUGUGAUAUUCAUCAUACAGUCGUACUGUCAAAUUAUAACGAGUGACAUUUUUUAAAAACGCCACUUGCGACAUCUUCGCUUGCUCGUUGUUGUUUGACACUUACUUGUUUUUUGGAUUACGUCCUAUUAACAACAACGAGCUUUCUCAGCAACAUUUUAAAAAAGGUAAGAAUAUUGUUCUACAACAAUAUUCAAUUAAAUAAAACUAUCCAAUAUUUCUAUUGGACAAAAUACUAAAAAUUGUUUGUUUCUUUUCCUUUA